AUGCCUUUCCUCGGAAUCUUGGAGGACACGAAGCUACCUCACAUUCCUGGUACUGUCAUCCUGGAGGAGACUGCGGCACAGUCACAGGAGAUCACCGGCGGGCUCAAACACGGCACAGGAAGCAAUGUUAAUGUCGUUUUGGUGCCUCAGCCAUCAAACGAUCCCAAUGAUCCUCUCAACUGGCCGCAGUCAAAGAAACUCACUGCUCUCGGCAUCACAUGCAUUGGAGCCGUUCUCUACGCCGCUGUCGUGAGCGCGAUGCUGAAUGCAGCAUUCUUCACCAUGUCAAUCGAGAUAAACACCACAAUUCCCAAGCUCGUCCAGGCUUCAGGAUAUCAAACGCUAGUCAUCGGUAUCACAGGACCAUUGUUUUCUGCCUUGUCUCGAAAAUGGGGAAAUCGGCCAAUAUUCGUCUUAGCCUCAGUGAUGUGCCUUGUCGCCAAUAUCGUUGGGUCGUGUGUCAAUAGCUAUGAAGGGGUCCUGGCAUCGAGGAUUCUUCAGGGCUUUGCUAUCGCCCCGUAUGAAUCUUUGAUCUUCACUUUGAUCAGCGACAUGUUUUUCGUUCAUGAAAGAGGGCUCUAUGCCUCAAUCAUAAACUUCAUCCUGGCCGGCAUAUCCAACUUGACCGGUGUUGUGGCGGGGCCUAUUGCAAAUAAUUUGGGCUGGCGCUGGUUAUACUACUUACUUGUCCUCUUCGGUGGCAUCCAUACUAUCUUUCAAUUCCUUCUUGUACCGGAGACCGCCUACGUGCGCGAUCGGCGAUACGAGAUCGAUGAAGCGAAAGACGACAAUCUUCAAGACCUUGCCGCCAUCGAAUAUGAGGACAAACUUAAGGAAGAAAAGGCCAACAUGACCGCAACUCACAACGAGCACGACAAUGAGGGUGCCAAGAUCUCACAGACACCCUCUCGCGAGAUCCCCGUCCAUAAAAAGAAGACCUUCCGCCAAGAACUUGCACUCUUCUCGGGCACGUAUUCGAACGAGAAUUUCUUCCAGCUUCUCGUAGCACCGUUCGCAGUCAUUGUGAACGCAGCUGUCGCCUGGGUUUUAGUCGUCAACUCCAUGCAUGUCGUGCUUUACGUGGUCAUUGCGUUUGUUCUGGCUCAACUAUUCGCCCCGCCACCAUAUCUGCUCAGCCCAGCCACCAUCGGAUACCUUUCACUCGGCCCCUUUGUCGGCGGAGCCAUUGGCUCCAUUGUCCUCGGACUCCUCUCUGAUCCUAUGAUCAAGUGGUGUGCCCGUCGCAACAAAGGCAUCUACGAGCCAGAAUAUCGUCUCAUUCCCUGCACCGUUGGUAUUGUUUCUGGGGUCGGUCUCAUACUCUUUGGAUACCUUGUCUCUAUCGGAGCUAGCUACUAUGCAUGCGCCGCCGUGCAUGGACUGAUGCUCUUUGGCGUCAUGUUCAUUGUCAUUCCAACCUCUAACUACGCCCUUGACGCGUACCGGGGCAUGGCGAAUGAGAUCUUCAUCGCGAGCAUGUCUAUGAAGAAUUUCAUUCUGUACGGGUUUGCAUACUUUGUCAACAAUUGGACCGCGAGUGCGGGCCCGAGACAUUGUUUCUAUGUGUGGGGCGGUCUCGCCUUCGCUCUGUUUGCCACCCUACCGGUUAUGUUCGUCUUUGGGAAGAAGUACAGAAGUUACUGGGCACGAAACAAUCUCCUUGAGAAAUGGAAGAUCAGGACUCAUGCAGAUUGA